UCAGUUCGACAAGUAAAACCAAAACAAACAAAUCCUACCAAGAUGUUCAAGUUCGUCGCCGCCGUCGUCUUCGCUCUGUUUGCCUGCGUGGCCGCCAAGCCCGGAAUCGUGGCUCCUCUGGCCUACUCCGCCCCCUACGUGGCCUCUCCCUACGUGGCAUCUCCCUACGUGGCUGCUCCAUACACUGCUGCCUAUGCCGCCCCCUACACCGCCGCCUACACCGCCUCCUACGCCGCUCCCUACGCCGCCGCCUACACUUCCCCCUAUGCCGCCGCCUACACCGCCCCCCUGCUGCUGAAGAAGUAGAUUCCCGGAAGGAUGAUCCGCAUCGCAGGAUAACAGAUGGACACUCGCAAUGAAACUGAAAUAAACUCGAAAACAAUCGAA